AUGCCGCCUCGGAUAGCGGAUGACGAAUAUAUCGACGAUGGCGCCGGUGCAUAUGAUGCCGAAGACUUCCUGGACGAUGAUGACAGCGGUGACGAAUACCGGGCGGCGCCAUCGCUACCGAAGCUAGGCACGCUGCGCGGUGCUGGUGCCGGUGGUGCAUCUCGCUCGUCGGCAGCUGCGUCAAAUGGCAGGGCUGGUACUUUGGCUGCUGGAUCGUCUGCCUCUUCCAGUGGCACUGCUCGAGCCAAGGCAGCAGCCAACGCAAAAUCCAAGCAAAAAGAUCAGGGAUAUUCGUGGGAAGCCACUUACAAGCGAUCAUGGGAUGCUGUUGCUGAAGACGAUUCCGGCUCGCUCGAGAGCACAGUGCGAUCCAUGAUUGAAGGCUCGAAACGUCGACGUGUGCUUAAGGACGUUGCGCCGGUUCAGCGUGGCAUUAUCCGUCACCUCGUUCUGCUCAUCGAUCUAUCGGCCAGCAUGCUGGAGAAGGACAUGCGACCAAACCGCUUUGAUGUGACACUUCAGUACGCACGCGAGUUUGUGGGCGAAUACUUUGACCAGAACCCCAUCGGACAACUCUCGAUCAUCGGCACGCGUUCCGGCAUCGCAGAGCGGCUUGCCAUGAUGGGAGGCAACACAGUCGAUCAUACGGCGUCGCUUUCCAACAAGCGUAGACUCGAACCGCGCGGCGAGCCGUCGCUUCAGAAUGCGCUCGAAAUGGCCAGGAGUAGUCUGGUACAUUUGCCAGCUUCAAAUUCGCGAGAGAUCCUCGCCAUCUUUGGCAGCUUGACUACGUGCGAUCCGGGCAACAUCCACGAUACCAUAGCCACGCUGGUCAAGGACAACAUUCGCGUGUCGAUUGUGCACCUUGCUGCUGAGGUCAAGGUGUUCAAGGACGUGUGCACGCGGACGGGCGGUACAUUCAGCGUUGCACUUAACGAAGGGCAUUUUCACGAUUCAUUGUUUGAGCUAGUUCCGCCACCGGCAGUCGAAGGAAAGCCGAGGCGAACAAGGCAGCACAUGGUGGGUAUUGCAGACGGUUCAACCGCGAUGGAUGCGGAAGACGACGAUGAGGAUGGAGUGCAGGCAGGCGUAGAUCUGCUCCAGAUGGCUUUCCCACUCCGACUACCGGCACAUGCAGCACCAACGCUGUGCGCAUGUCACUCGCGCUCGCGCGGUAGUGGAUACCUCUGUCCGCGCUGCGGUGUCAAAGUAUGCAAUGUGCCGACCGACUGUCCCGUCUGUGGAAUCACGAUCGUUAUGUCGACGCACCUUGCACGGUCGUACCACCACCUGUUUCCUGUUCCCAACUGGAAAGCUGUGCCGUGGUCCUCGGUGACACCUGACUCUGACGGCGCGUGUUUUUCGUGCAACGUACCGUUCCCUUCAUUGCAAGAGCGCAAAGAGAAGAGUGCGGCGGCUAACAAGGCGUUGGAGGAGGCUGGCUUGUCGCCGAGCUCCAGAUAUCGCUGCGGCAGGUGUGCAAUCGACUUUUGUUUGGAGUGCGAUGCCUUUGUACACGAGCAGCUUCAUGUAUGUCCUGGUUGCUGUUGA